UAAAGACUGUGAAAAAUACUUGAAUUGAAUUUUACUGUGACAUUUGGAUGAAAUAAAAAAGGAAAGAAAAUGAAAAGGAAAAGUUAAUAAAAAAGGAAAAAAAGGACAUGGAAAAAAUGUAAAACGUAUUCACCCAUAUUGUAAUAGAUAUAAGCAUAUAUAUAUACACACGUAUGCAUAGAUAUACGGAGCCUUAAAGUCCAGUAACACAUUUCGUGCGAAAAUAAUACGCUUUUACGAACGCAAUCGGUUUUUACAAUCGACAGAGACGUUGCGUCUGUAGCACAACGCUCAUUAGAUUCGCUUCCCGUUCGUUUUCCAAGCCCGAGCUUAAUAUCCAUCGUCUCUAACACGGCAUACAAGUUUGUACGCGUAUUUAGCGCGUAAUUUAUAUAAGAAGAGAGGCACGCUUGGUUCCACCCCAAAGCACUUCGAUUCAAUGGCGUCAGCAUCGUCGUCGUUAAUAUUGCAAGAACUUAAGAAACCUCUGAUCCUUUCUACUCUACGAUUAGACGAGUCUUCAAAGUCGCCGCGAUCGGAGGAAAUGAAAAAGUUGUUAAUGAAACACUUAAAAGAACGAGUUUCGUUUGGCUCGUCGCAUUCAAAAUCGAAAUCUUCAUUCCAUCAUCUUUAUGCACGGUAAUUAAACUCGUGGUUUAAUUAAAAACGUAUACGCCACUGUGCGCACGAAGCAAUUGUUGCGGAGCAAGGAACCUCCAACUUAGUCAGUGUUGCAUCGAACAUCCUCGAGUUCGGAUGCAACUCGAUAUUUUUCUUCGACGAAGAGUAUGGAUUUAUGUGAUGUUUUGUUUUUGUUUUUUCAACGAUCCAAAAUCCUUUCGCAACGUGCAAAUCCCGACGUACCUUUAAAAAAACAAUACUACUACCUUCAAGACUACCUGAUUACAUUCGAACGACGUUUCGAGACAUGGAACCGUUAACGAAUUCUACGUGAGCAGCAGGAAUUUUUCGAGCUUGACUAACCCAAUAAACUCGAUAGAAGCCUCGUCCGUGACCUCCUAACUUCCUUAAGCCGAAACUUAGCAUGCGCCGCGCCGAGUGUCGAUAAACUGAAAAAAGCAACAGAAAAGAAAAAGAAAAAAAAAUAUAUCACGUCGUCGAACGAGGAUACCGACUCGAUUCUCUACGAAUCUUCGUGAGGAUUUACGGUGAGGAAAGGAAUCGAGAGGAAAGAGGAAACUAUAUAAACGUAUCACAUGCGAGCUGGACACGCGGAAGGAACGCUAACGAGUCGGCAAGGAGGUCGAGUCCACGAACUUGUCAUGGAGUACCAGAAAUAUGUCGAUAUUUAAGUGGAACUAAAACUGGUAUCGGUGCCUCCGACCGCUAGUUGCUGACAUUUGUUUGAACUUUCAUAUACCUAUCUACGCCGAAGCAAAGGAUAACUCGCAAGCGAGGCUUCGCGAAAGCGGUACUCUAAGCAUCUCGAUGUAUUUGCAAGGAUGCAUCGUUAAAUGCAACGAUAUGGGUUAAACGAGAUUUGAUACAGGCAGAGUGGUUCGUUUCUUCGCAAUUAGAACGUCGAACCAGUUUGUACUAGACGAGUUAAUGAGUGAACAUGUGAAUUUCACGAAUAACAGCUGCGAAGGAAAAGACGAGUUAAUAUGAUCGAUUAUCGAGUUCCAUUGUGAAACGAUACGAGAAAGUCGAAUUCUCGAGAAGCCACGUCCGAUGGGACUUCGAUAGGAAGGGGAGAAUUUCCAUCAUCAGAGAUUUCUCCAUUCUCGACGAUGAGUUCAGCGACGUGCAUACGUGUAUGCUCGCGCAUGGUAGCUCGAUGACCUUGAAAGGUACGAACUGUGACCAAGAGUGCUUUCUCGCGUGGGUGAGACGAGAAUCGAUGGAUUUUCCAAGAGAUACAGAGACAGAGUGGAUCGAUCGUCGGGAUGAACAGAACGUCGAGUUGUGCUAGCAGCACGAAGAAAGUCGCUUCUUCCAGGACACAGAAAACUAUAACGACGACGACGACGACAACGAAAACGACAAGGACAACGACAACGACGACGUCCUCCUCCUCCUCUUUGUCGUCAUCGCGAAAUGCACGCUCGGAGGCUUUCUACGCGAGCGUGAAACCGUUAUCCGCUCGACGUGCGUUGCAUAAUUCUGCCGGCCCAGACCCAGAUGCGAAUUCCGCUCCAAAUUCUUACGGAACGGCGGAACGAACGAGCAGGGGAUAUCAGACUUCCGGUCGUCCUAAGAACCACGGAAUAACAACAGGGACAGGGGUUAAUAAAAGCGAUAACGGUAAAAACUCAACGACAAGUAGAUCGAUCGUACGAGAGUCUCUAGUUCCGUACGUGCCAACGAUAUCGAGAAAAGAGAUCCUCAAGAAAAGCUGCACGAAAAACGAUGAUAUAUCCAGCGGUGCGAGAUUCACUGACAGCCUUCGGCGACAUUGUUGGAUACGUUCGACGAUCGAGAUCGACGAUGAAGGUGCUAGACCAAAGACUCUUCCUUCGAUGGGAAGAAGACUACGAGCCGAGAGAGACUUCAAACAGGUCUCCAGACGAGAUAUCCUUCGAAGGAGAGACAGUGUCGACGUUGUUACGCUUCGAGCGACCUCCCACGGAGGUUCAACUCGGUUCACUGGAAAGAGUAUCUAUGGGAAAGAGUGUCUCGAGGUAAAAGGUAACACGUUUGGAUCCAACUCGAGUACGUCGACGAGCGUCUCGAAUGACACGAGGUCAAGAGCAGCACGAUCAGCCGGCUCUCUGCAACGUCCUAGGUGGAACAAAGACGAAGAAGAAGAACGUGAUUCUAAAUCCCCGUCUGGUUCUGAUCUCUUGACAAUUAGCGCCACGCUUCGGGACAUUAACCGCGGCCUUGUACCAAGACCGUCGACCUUGCCCAAGAUCGUACACGGUUCGAGAUCCUCCCGCAGUGGCAACGAAGAUUGGUGCUAUUUCAGAUCAGAUCCCGUGAAGAAAGAGCCACCGGUUUAUGGUAGGAUACGAAGAAGAAAAACGUCCUUACCUGCUGCAACUUCUUUUGAGGACUCCUCAAAUUCUAAUACUCUAUCCAGGUACACGAAAGCUCGUAAAAAUUCACAAGGUUCUCGAUCAAACACUCUGGAAACGUAUUCUCUCGUUGGAAAAAUCAACAGACGUCUAAGAAAUCAUCCUCUUCCUGACGGUUUUACUUAUCGCGCUAAAUCGGACUCGAAUCUCGCCGAAAUUACUAUGAAGAAUGCGGAUAUGAAAAAGAAUGCGAUUUACGCGAAGGUAUCUCGAAAAACUGGCAUAUCUCGCGACGUUGAAAAGAUCGAACCGGAAACUAAUGUUCAUCAAACGAUGUCCAGGAGAAGGAUUAUUCAAAACGCGGUUCAGUCUGAAUCUUUGGAUAGAAGAAAAAUAUCUCGCGCGAAGGACGAUCGGAAUUUUGUUCGAACGAAUUCGGAAAAGAUUUACGUUCGCUCGAAUUUAAGUUCGAACGAUCGUUCCGACGAAUUUUCGAGAUACGAUGAUUUAACCGGUCAAGAACGACAGGAUAUUUGUAGAACAUCGAGAAUCGAUUCUAUAAACGAUUAUCAUCAAUCGGACAAUUCCUUUUGGCAUAAAACGCACGAUGGUAGAUACAGAUCGAAGUCUCAGACCAGGUUGAUAGAAAUUCGUAACUCCAAUCGUGAAAAUCUUCCUUCGGUCGCAUCAACCACGAUCAACAGAUUGUCGAGUACACUUCCCAGCUACGCGAAAACAUCGAGAAAGUUUUCCACUUCCAGCGUGUCCGUUCGCGCGGCUCGUACCGAGCCGCAAAAUUUCGACGAUCGGAAACGAUUAUCGAGAGAAACUGGAACGUUGUCGAAGUUAACGAAGGAGAGAUCGAAUUGCCUGAAGAAAUCAGCCGGCAUGGUUGCUGCUGCUACUGCUGUUGCUGUUGCUGCUACUCACGCGAGGAAUCGUAGCGAAACCGAUACCAUAGCCCGUUCUAAGUCGUCUCCUGUCACGACGAGUUCCUCGAUUUUUGGAUUCUGUACAGGAAAGAGAAGAGUUCACGCAAGCGAGACGAAUAAAGAGAAAACUGUGAACGUUGAAUUUUCCUAUCCGCGGUGGCACUUAAAAACGGUGCUUCAUAUUUAUCAAAAGAAAUACAAAUGUAUUGUUUUUUGGAGUUUUUCACGAUUAUUAUGUACUCUGUUAAAAUUUUUUAAACGUUGUUUCGCAAAAUGUUCUCUACAACAAGCGAAACGUUAACUUUUAAAGAAAAAAGAAAUCAAUUUUAAGAAAAUUAAUUGAUUUUCACGAGGUUUUACUUUGACAAUAAUUUUCUUAAAAUUGCCUCUUUGUCAAAGAAUCCAAGAAACAUUUUCUCAGUAAGAUAAUUGAAAUUUCGUCAUUGACACCAAAUGUUUCUGUUAUAAAACUUGUUCUUUUUUUC